CUGAUGUGGUUCUUCUUCGGGGCACAGCUUCGGAUAAGACUGCUCUGUUAACCUGCCAAAGACGAUCAAACGAAUCAAAUCUGCACUUUACAAAGUAAUAUGAAUACAGUCUGUUGGUGGCAUUGACUUGUCUUCAGUUUUAAAGAGUGACAGCACAUUUAUCGUGCUGGUCCGUGGAGCUUCUGCAGCCUUUGCUUCAAUGCACCCCUUCAUGCAUGUGUUUUCCGUGACUGUAUGUGUAUGAGAGAGAAGGAAGAGAGUGAAAUGGCGUGUGUAGGUGUGACAGCAAUGCAUGUCUAGAAGCAGUAGCAUACACGCUGUGUGUGUCUGAGUGUGAAUGUGUUGAGUGAGUGUGUGUGUGUGUGUGUGUGUGUGUGUGUGUGUGUGUGUGUGUGUGUGUGUGAUGUCAGGAGACACCAGCACCCUGUCCUGGAGGAGCGUGUCUCCCACCAGCCAGUCCGAUUCCUCGGAUAUGUCUCCCACGGCACACGUCACCAGGGACAGCGUCUUCCCGGUGAAGAUCAUCAAAGUGUGUUUCCUUAGCAACAGCUGCAACCUGGGCAAGAACUUCAAACUGGUCCGCUGUGAGGAGGGAUGGACUGUCAGGACUGUCAUGAAUAUGGUGCUAUCCAGUGGCUGUGUGGGUCCAGACAUAAAAUACAGCCUAUGCUACGGCCUCCUCCUCAAACAUCUCAAGUCCUCAGAGAUACACUGGCUGCACCCAGAUCUGACUGUGUCGGAGCUCACCCAUCGCUACGAACAGCAGCAUCUGGAGGCUGAGUGGAGAUAUGAUCUGAGGAUCAGAUACAUCCCAACAGACUUCAUGGAGAAAUUCAAAGAUGACAGAACCACCAUGCUCUACUUUUACCAACAGGUACGCAGUGACUACAUGCAGCAGUAUGCCUCAAAAGUUAGUGACGGGAUGGCUCUGCAGCUCGGUUGUCUGGAAAUAAGGAGAUUCUACAAAGACAUGAAUCCAAACGGACUGGAGAAAAAGUCCAACUUUGAACUAUUAGAGAAGGAUGUGGGGCUGGACCUGUUCUUUCCCAGGGAGCUGAUCAACAGCAUGAAGCCUAAACAGUUACGCCGGCUGAUCCAGCAGACGUUCCAGGGCUACUCCACUCUGAAGCAGGACCAGUGCAUGGAGAGGUUCUUCACCACUUUGGCUCAGUGCCACAGCUACACACAGGAGAGGUUCGCCUGCCAGCUUGUGCAUGGUUGGAACCUAACAAUAGACCUGGUCAUUGGUCCAGAAGGCAUCAGUCAACAAACUGACAACUCUACACCCGUCUGUUUGGCCACAUUCUUUCAGGUGUCCAGCAUCUCCUGCUCUGCUGAGAGUGACGGUCGAGCUCUGCUCACAGUGCACAUAGAGGGAGCCAAACAGCCACUGUCAGUGAACACCACCUCUCUGGCUGUGGCUGAAAACAUGGCUGACCUGAUAGACGGCUACUGUCGGCUAGAAGGCAGCUCUGAGAGCUCACGCAUUAUCCGGCACAACAGAGGAAGAGACACAAGACUGAAACUGCCUGACAUCCCAAAACGUGGUGGUCCCAGUGGUCCUGAUAGAGGUUUGAGUUCGGAUAUUUAUGCAGAGAUUCCAGAGGGCACAGAUAACUCUGAGAGACACAGAAUCUGCAGAGAGGACAUUGUUGUGGGUCGGAUCCUGGGUGAGGGAUUCUUCGGAGAGGUUCACGAUGGAAUUUAUAAAAGCCCGACAGGAGAGAGGAUUUCUGUGGCCAUCAAAACAUGCAAGGACUGUUCAGCUGAUGUAAAGGAGAAGUUCCUAAGUGAAGCCGGCUUGAUGAAAGAUUUGGAUCACCCCCACAUUGUGCGUCUGAUCGGAGUCAUUGAGGUUGAUCCUGUCUGGAUCGUCAUGGAGCUCUAUGAACAUGGAGAGCUGGGGAACUAUCUGGUGCAGCAGCAGUACACCCUGACCAUUGCAACGUUAAUCCUGUACUGUCUACAAAUCUGCAAGGCCUUGGCUUACCUGGAGGGACUCAAUAUGGUGCACAGAGAUAUCGCGGUGAGAAAUGUUCUGGUGGCUUCUCCCAAAUGUGUCAAGCUCGGUGACUUUGGCCUCUCUCGCUACGUCGACGAACAUGAAUAUUAUAAAGCCUCGGUUAGUCGAUUACCGAUCAAAUGGAUGGCACCUGAGUCCAUCAACUUCAGACGCUUCACCACAGCGAGUGAUGUGUGGAUGUUUGGUGUGUGUGUGUGGGAGACCUUCUCCAUGGCCCAGCAGCCGUUCUUCUGGCUGGAGAAUGGGCAGGUGAUCAACCAGCUGGAGUCGGGAGUUCGGCUCCCCAAACCGCAGCUCUGCCCGCCGGCCAUCUACUCCCUGCUCACCCGCUGCUGGGCCUACGAGCCAAACGUCCGGCCCAGCUUCAGCCAGCUCGUCUGCUCCCUGAGCGAGAUCCACAGGACUGAGUUAGAGCAGGAGACAGGGCGAGACAGGUCACAUCGCAGCUCUAUUGUAUCAUUAUGUGACCCUAACCACACAGAGCCUCCACCCAAGCCAUCCAGAACAGGCAACACCCUUCCUCGGGUCAGGAACACACAGGGAGCAGACAGGGAUAGCAAGCCGAUGUGGGACACAGAGAGAGCGCACGUGGCGGACACUUUACAAAGACAAAAAAGGGAGAUGCUGAUGGAUAAAGAGUGGCUGGAGCAGGAGGAGAGACAACUGGAUCCAGUUGUGCGACAGGAUUCACACAGUAAGUUGCUGCUACCUCCUGAAAAAAAGCCAGAAAAUGGUCCUCCAGAGAAGCCCCCAAUGCCCCCCACAGUCACACAGCCUCGGCCCACAGCUGAGCUGGACCGAUCAGGUGAUCAGGUUUACACCGGCGUCAUGGCGAUGGUAAAGCAGGUGGUCCAGUUGAAGAAUGAUGUCAACACACUGCCCGCCUCAGAGUAUCCCAACGCUGUCAAAGCCGUGGGUAUCACUCUCCGUAGCCUGAUUCAGAGGGUCGAUAAGAUCCUGCCCUAUCUGCACAGCUCUGUCACAACAGAGGGUCUCAGAUCAAGGGCACUAAGAAACUGCUGAACAAGGAUUUAGCAGAGCUGAUCAAUAAGAUGCGACUGGCCCAGCAGAAUUCCAUAACGUCACUGAGGGAGGAAUGUCAGCGGGAGAUGUUGGCGGCCACUCACACUCUGGCACUGGAUUCCAAAAACCUGUUGGAUCCUGUGGACCAGGCCAAGCCCAAACCUGCCUCACAAGAUGAAGAUCACAGCGGGGAAUGAGGAGGAAGCACGCAAAUACCCUGUUGAUCGAAUGGACUGGUCUGUUAUCGUAUUUUGACAAAAGCUUUGUUCCCCUGAGAAUGUGCAACACUUUCUGUACUCAUGCUGUCGAAAGAUGUUAUGAAUAUUUGAAUUUUCUCCUAAACUGAGAAUUUCUUGAAACUGAACAAAUCAAACAACCACAAUGUAUAACGGUGAGCCCACAUGGGUUCAGCCUACUUAGUUGACCCAAGUGGGCCCCAGACAAGAUACCCAUUUAGGACCCAUACCCACUUGGUACCCAUGUAGCCAGAGCAUAUGGUAACCCAACACUGGCUAUGAUAAGAAGUUGUAUGUUUGCAGUAGAAUCCGCUUCGUCUCUGUUAUGGCAAUUUUUAAGAACCUUUACAACCCUUUGACCUGGUCAUGUAAAACCAUACGCAACUGUUGAAGAGGCUAUUAUAUGCAUAUAACCUUUAGCCCUGUUUCUAUCUACACUCUAUGUCCCAGUAAACAGUGGGAUGUUGAGAGUUCACAAAGAAGCCAAGGACAUGAUCAUCUCACCACACUAUCUGUCUGUUCCACACUUAGGAAUGUGUAACUGUGUUAGAGUGACGCUCCAACAGGGAUAAAACCAUACUGCUUCUGCCAAUCGGGGCUCUUUCGGACUUUCACAUACGAGAGUGUGUGACGGUUGGGUUGAGACCAUUCAUGGAUGAAUAAAACCUUACAGAAAGACAAGAUCA